CGGGGACCACGACUCGGGGAGCGGGACGGAGUCUGCGAGAGGGCAGGCAGGGAAGAUGGCAGUCCUCGCACCCCUGAUUGCUCUGGUGUACUCGGUGCCGCGGCUUUCUCGAUGGCUGGCUCGACCGUACUGCCUUCUGUCAGCCCUGCUUUCCGUUGCUUUCCUUCUCGUGAGGAAACUGCCGCCGAUUUGCAGCGGUCUCCCCACGCAGCGCGAAGACGGCAACCCGUGUGACUUUGACUGGAGAGAAGUGGAGAUCCUGAUGUUCCUCAGUGCCAUUGUGAUGAUGAAGAACCGCAGAUCCAUCACUGUGGAGCAACAUGUAGGCAACAUCUUCAUGUUUAGUAAAGUGGCCAACGUAAUUCUUUUCUUCCGCCUGGAUAUUCGAAUGGGCCUGCUGUACCUCACACUCUGCAUAGUGUUCCUGAUGACUUGCAAGCCCCCCCUGUACAUGGGUCCUGAGUACAUCAAGUACUUCAGUGAUAAAACCAUAGAUGAAGAACUGGAGCGAGACAAGAGGGUCACUUGGAUUGUGGAGUUCUUUGCCAAUUGGUCUAAUGAUUGCCAGUCAUUUGCCCCCAUCUAUGCUGACUUGUCCCUCAAGUACAACUGUACAGGGCUCAAUUUUGGGAAGGUAGAUGUUGGACGCUACACUGAUGUCAGCACACGGUACAAAGUCAGCACGUCACCCCUCACCAAACAACUACCUACCCUGAUCUUGUUCCAAGGAGGCAAGGAGGUAAUUCGGCGGCCACAGAUUGACAAGAAGGGACGAGCAGUCUCUUGGACCUUCUCUGAGGAGAAUGUGAUUCGAGAAUUCAACUUGAAUGAGCUGUACCAACGAGCCAAGAAGCUCUCCAGGGGUGGAGACAGCCUGUCAGAGGAGAGCCCCGUGGCCCCUACUCCCACUGCUGUGCCAGAUGGGGAGAAUAAGAAGGACAAAUAGGAUCCUGCAUUGUUUUUGUUUCCUCUCCUGUCAAUUUCAGGUGCCUCUGAGGCC